AUGGACAGCCAGGAUGGCAAGGCUAUCCUGACUUUUAGGAUUGAAAUGAGUGUAUUUUCAUAUGACCUCCACCAGACUAGAGGAAAUGCUGUAUUUUCUUCCCUUAAAUGUACAGAACAAAAAGAUGCUGAAGGCUGGGAGACCGUCCAGAGAGGGAGACCUGUCCGCGCUCGGUCAGCAGCAGUGACAGCCAAAGCUGCCCCCAUGCCAGAGGCUUUGCGGCCCAAGGAUGACAGUAACAAGGAAAACGUGUGUCUCCUGCCAAAUGACAACAGACAGAAAGGCGAGUUUACUGGAGAUGUCCCAGCUAACACUGUGGAACCUCGGCCCAAAGACUCCUUGCGCUGCAGUGACCACCCUCUGGCUGAGAGAACCCAGUUCACAGUGCCUGCACUGGAUGAUGUCAAGAAUUCUGGCAGUAGUGAGGAUACGUCUGUGCAAACUUCUGGAGCACCUGCCGUUUGCGUGGACUCGGAGCGUGCAUCAGUUAUCUGGCAAGCCGACACACCCCCUUUGCAGACGAAGGAAGAUAAGCUUGCAGUAGAAAAAACAAGAAUAGAAAAUGAAAUGGACCCUUCAGAUAUUUCAAAUUCAAUGGCAGAGGUCCUUGCUAAAAAGGAAGAGUUGGCAGAUCGGCUGGAAAAGGCCAAUGAGGAAGCCAUUGCCAGCGCCAUCGCUGAGGAGGAACAGCUGACGAGAGAGAUCGAAGCAGAAGAGAACAAUGACAUCAACCUCGAGACGGACAACGACAGUGAUUUCUCGGCCAGCAUGGGCAGUGGGAGUGUAUCUUUCUGUGGGAUGUCUAUGGACUGGAACGAUGUUCUUGCAGAUUAUGAAGCUCGUGAAUCUUGGCGCCAGAAUACCUCCUGGGGGGAUAUCGUAGAGGAGGAGCCUGCUCGACCCCCAGGACAUGGAAUCCACAUGCAUGAGAAGCUUUCCUCGCCCUCUCGUAAAAGAACAAUAGCAGAAUCUAAGAAGAAACAUGAAGAAAAACAAAUGAAAGCCCAGCAGCUAAGAGAAAAGUUACGUGAAGAGAAAACUUUAAAGCUUCAGAAGUUGUUAGAGAGGGAGAAGGAUGUCCGGAAGUGGAAGGAAGAACUGCUUGAUCAGCGGCGUCGAAUGAUGGAAGAGAAAUUGCUUCAUGCGGAGUUUAAACGUGAGGUGCAAUUACAAGCCAUUGUGAAAAAAGCCCAAGAGGAAGAAGCUAAGGUUAAUGAAAUUGCUUUUAUAAACACCCUUGAAGCCCAGAACAAGCGACAUGAUGUCUUAUCAAAGCUGAAGGAGUAUGAACAGAGACUUAAUGAGCUACAGGAAGAACGUCAGAGAAGACAGGAAGAGAAGCAAGCCCGAGACGAAGCUGUGCAGGAGCGCAAGAGAGCUCUUGAGGCGGAGCGGCAGGCCCGUGUAGAGGAGCUGCUCAUGAAGAGGAGGGAGCAGGAGGCCCGGAUCGAGCAGCAGAGGCAAGAAAAGGAAAAAGCCCGUGAGGAUGCAGCCCGGGAGAGAGCCAGAGACCGGGAGGAGCGCCUGGCAGCACUCACAGCUGCUCAACAGGAGGCCAUGGAGGAGCUGCAGAAAAAAAUUCAGCUGAAGCAUGAUGAGAGCAUUCGGAGGCACAUGGAGCAGAUUGAGCAGCGGAAGGAAAAGGCCGCGGAGCUGAGCAGUGGACGACACACGAGCACCGACGAUGCCCCCAAGCUCACCCCUUACGAGAGGAAGAAGCAGUGCUCUCUGUGCGGUGUGCUGAUUUCUUCAGAGGUCUAUCUUUUUAGCCACAUUAAAGGAAAGAAACACCAGCAAGCUGUGAGAGAAAACAGCAGCAUCCAAGGACGAGAACUUUCGGAUGAGGAAGUGGAGCAUCUUUCGCUGAAGAAGUAUAUUGUUGACAUUGUAGUUGAAAGUGCAGCUCCACCAGAGCCUCUGAAAGAUGGAGAAGAGAGGCAAAAAAACCGAAAAAAGGCCAAGAAGAUCAAAGCCCGGAUGAACUCCAGGGCAAAGGAAUAUGAGAAUUUAACAGAAACCAAAAAUUGUGGUUCUGAUUCACCUUAUAAAGCAAAACUCCAGCGAUUAGCCAAAGAUCUUCUGAAACAACUGCAAGCACAAGACAGUGGCUCCUGGGCAAGCAAUAAGGUGUCUGCUUUGGAUCGGACCCUGGGUGACAUUAGUAGGAUAUUGGAGAAAGAGAAUGUGGCCGAUCAGAUCGCAUUUCAAGUCGCUGGUGGAUUAACAGCCCUUGAACACAUCCUUCAAGUAGUAGCCCCAGCCGCAAAUGUGAACACGGUUUCACGAAUUCCACCCAAAUCCCUCUGCAAUGCAAUCAAUGUUUACAACCUGGCCUGCAGUAACUGCUCCGAGAACUGCAAGGAUGUUCUGUUUAGUAACAAGAUUACCUUCUUAAUGGACCUCCUGAUACACCAGCUGACGGUUUAUAUUCCAGAUGAAAACAAUGCUAUUUUGGGAAGAAAUACAAAUAAACAAGUGUUUGAAGGCUUGACCACUGGGCUUCUCAAAGUGAGUGCUGCAGUUCUGAGCUGCCUGGUUGCCCAUUGGCCAGAUGCAAGCAGCCAGCUGGCCACCCCGAAAACAUCCGCACAGGAAAUGAAAAGCCCAGCCUCCCAAGCUGAUGCUUUCCCCAGUCGCGUUCAGGACCUUAUCAGCUACAUGGUGAACAUAGGUCUGAUUGACAAGCUGUGCAGCUGCUUCCUGUCGGUGCAAGGCCCAGUGGACGAGAACCCCAAGAUGGCCACGUUCCUGCAGCACGCCACCGGCCUCCUCCACGGAAUGUGCACACUGUGCCUGGCCGUCACAGGAAGGUCGCAUGGCAUAUUCGACAGUAACCGCCAGGAUCCCACGGGGCUGACAGCUGCUCUACAGACCACGGACCUGGCUGGGGUCCUGCACAUGCUGUACUGUGUCCUCUUCCACGGCACCGUCUCCGACCCCAGUUCAGCCACCCCCAAGGACAGCUACAGCCAGCACACGGUACAGGUGGCCAUUCAGAGUCUGCGCUUCUUCAACAGCUUCGCAGCCCUCGACCUGCCCACUUUCCAGUCUGUCGUAGGGGCAGAGGGCCUGUCCCUUGCAUUCCGGCACAUGGCCAGCUCCCUGCUGGGCCACUGCAGCCAGGUCUCCUGCGAGAGCCUCCUCCACGAGGUCAUCGUCUGUGUGGGCUACUUCACUGUCAACCACCCAGAUAACCAGGUCAUCGUGCAGUCAGGUCGCCACCCCACAGUGCUGCAGAAGCUGUGCCAGCUGCCCUUCCAGUACUUCAGCGACCCGCGGCUGGUCCGGGUGCUGUUCCCCUCGCUGAUCGCUGCCUGCUACAACAACUGUCAGAACAAGAGCAUCCUGGAGCGGGAGAUGAGCUGUGUGCUGCUGGCCACCUUCAUCCAGGAGUUUACCCAGGCUCCCGGACGGUGGGACAGCCAGGCUCAGCCGCCCAGAGGAAGAUCCCUCGGAGCCCAUGACUACCUUGAGCUGGCUAACAGAUUUCCCCAGCAGGCCUGGGAAGAAGCGCGACAGUUUUUCUUGAAAAAAGAGAAAAAAUAAAUGUUUUCGCUGGUUUGUGUA